AUGUCUUUUUCCGCCGAUUCGACAGAAAAUGAGCAAAAACUGACAUACCAAAUUUUUGUCGAGCAACAACAUUUGGCUCGUCUCGAUUGGGCAGAAACCUCUCGUUGGAUCCGUUUCGAGGAAAAUGUCGAGAAUGGCUCCAAUAAAUGGUCAAAGCCAUAUUUGCCCGUAAUGAGUGUCAUGGCAAUUCAAAAAAUCACAGAUGUCUUAACGUACGGGUAUGUGUUGUGCGACAUCGAGUGCUCCAAUUACAUUGAUUUAAUCAAUCAACUCAUUGCAACUUUAAUUGACGAGGGACGCAUGUCCUCAAUUGACAUUCAAGUGUUACGGGAAAUGCUUAUGUUGCCGCAUUUGCAUCAAGCGACGUUAGCACAGAAGAAAAAAUCCUCCAAUAGACGUUUUGAGAGCAAAUUACCCGAAGGCAUGGAAGCUUGUGCUAUACUGAGCGGCGAAAUAAAGGGACUCGUAAAGCCCAUUUGUGUCUUUAUUCGCUUAAAAAAUGCCAUCAUAAUGAAUGAACUUGUCGAAGUUGCAAUUCCCACGAGAUUCGUUUUCAUCUAUUUGACAAAUCAUGAUGGCGAUACGAGCAGCAACGACAUCGGAAGGGCAUUUGGAGCGUUAAUAACGGAUUCCGACUUUUUACGAUUUUGCUAUGAAGAGACAAAUUUGUAUCGCAUGAAUGUAGAAAUUGAUUUGUAUUUGAGAAAAUGUUUCAUCUUACCGCCUGUGUGGAAUCCGAAGACACGAAUCUCGCCCUCAGCUAUUGAAGAAGGCGCAAAUUUCCUCGAGGAAGACACUGUUGAGCUUCAGAACGAAGAAAAUUAUCAAUUUCGUGAGGAUUCGGGACUCGUACGAACAGGCGAGUGUUUCGGCGGAUUAAUUCGCGAUGUAAAACGCAAACUCCCAUUUUACAAAUCCGAUUUUUCUGGAUUAUGCUCGACGCAAGUGAUAUCCUCUACACUUUUUAUGUAUUUCGCGUGUCUCACAGCACUUAUUACUUUCGGAGGAUUAUUGGCGAAAGGCACGGGAAAUAAUAUGGCAGCGAUAGAGUCGAUUGCAGGCGCUUUCGCAAACGGAAUUAUUUAUGGGUUAUUUUCGGGACAACCUUUGUCGUUGCUCGGAUCAACGGGACCCAUGAUGAUAUACGAAUCAAUUGUUUUUGAGAUGUGUGUCGCUCUUGGAUGGGAUUACAUUACGUUACGUUUCUGGAUUGGCAUGUGGGUAACGAUACUUUUAAUGAUUCUCGUUGCUACAGAUGCAAGUGCUUUGAUGAGUUAUGUAACGAGAUUCACCGAAGAAAGUUUCGCGUUAGUCGUUUGUGCAAUUUUCAUCACGACACCGAUGAAAUAUCUGAAAAAAAUCGGAAAAGAGCGCGUGUUUGACUUCAUGUUUAUCGAUUACGACAACGUUACAUAUUGUAAUGAAGCCUUAAACGACACGCGAAACGCAACAGAUUGCUUGAAUGUUGAAAGUUAUGAUCCUUCAAGUUUUUUGAUGUCACUUGUUUUGGUUGUUUUUACAUGUGCCAUCGCUCUUGUGCUGACAAACUUCAAAAAUACAACAUUUUUCGCCUUUAAACUGCGUUCGAUCAUCAGUGAAUUUGCUGUUUUUGGUACUGUGCUCGUUAUGUGCAUCAUAGAUUUCCUCAUGGGACUCGAAACUGACAAACUUCCCAUUCCCGAUGGAUUUAGCCCGACAUUACCGACUCGAGGAUGGAUAAUUUCCCCAUUUCACGAAAAAAAUCCAUGGUAUUGUCCGUUUGCUGCUAUCGUUCCUGCAAUUGUAGCUACAAUUUUGGUCUUUAUGAACAACCAGAUCACGAUUUCCGUCAUUUGUCGUAAAGAUAAUCUCUUGCGGAAGGGCGUUGGAUAUCAUUUGGAUUUAUUUCUCAUCACAAUCUUAAUUUUCGUGAACUCCAUUUUCGGAUUGCCAUGGUUUAAUGCAGCAAUUCUACUAAGUAUUGGUCAUUUACAAUCCCUCCGCAUUGAAAGACCUCCAACAGCUCCCGGCGCAAUGCAACAAUUCAUCGGACACAAUGAACAAAGAUUGACGCAUAUUUUGGUUUCAAUUUUGUUGGGAGCAUCAAUUUUUUUGUCGCCUUUGUUGAAACAUGUCCCAAUGCCCGUACUUUAUGGCGUCUUUUUGUACAUGGGAGUAACUUCAAUUACGAAACUUCAAUUGACUCAACGCAUUUUGCUGUUUUUCAUGCCUGUGAAAUACAUGCCAGAUUAUCCGUUCCUACGUAAAGUGUCGUUAAAACGAGUUCAUCUCUUCACAAUCGCUCAAUUUGCGACUUUUGCACUUUUGUGGGCUGUAAAAUCCUUUAGCGAAACAGCAUUGUUGUUCCCUGCAUGUUUAAUUAUCAUGGUUGUGACAAGAAAAUGUCUUGAAAAUUGCUUCUCGCAAGAGGAAUUGAGAGCAUUGGAUGAUUUGUUACCCAAAACUACCCGAAAGAGACGAGGAAAGUCUUAUAUUAUGGCAAAUCGCGUUCCAACAACUAUCAGAAGAAAGGUUAUGGUUCACUAAAUUACACAAAAUUAUCUAAAAUAUUGAAUUAUCUUACCCAAAAUAAAAUAUUCUAUCUUUAACCCCCGUUUCCUCAUAGAUCAAAGUCAUCUUGUGAGUCUUCAACAUUGAUUCGUACACGAUGCUCGACACUUUUUUGUCUUCCGCCAAUUGUUUUUCGUCGAUUUACGACUCCGUCAUCACAAUCCAUCAUCCGAAUGAUCUUUUCCUGAUCACUGCUAUCCAUUGGAGCAACAGAAAUAUCUCGUACAGCACGAAAUUUACCACAAUUAUUCAAAUGUUCGUUCUCCAAACGGAAGAAAUUCCAUACGAAACGACGAAAAACUUCAACGGGGCUCAAACAAGUUAUCAUUGUCUCUCGACUCGUAUAUCCAACUUCAAUUAAACUUAUUGACAAUGUCCAAAGGAAACGAAGUAUGAGGUCUGCGAUUAUGGCAAAGUAAUAAAAGGCCUAAAAAUUAAAAAAUUUCAUUAAAAUUUCAAAUAUUUUAUGCAAAAUAUGAAACU